ACAGCGCGCUCUUGUCUCAAGCCCGGAGCGAGAGUGGCUAGUCCCGCAGCAGAGCCGAGCCGAGCGCAGCGCUAACCCGGUCCCCCUUGCGGUGGAGCCGCCUGCUGGGCGCAGGUAAAUCCUUGAACACAGACCAACCAGGGACUUCAGAGAGAGGACAGAAAGCAAGGACGUCUCAGCGAACUGGAACUGAUUUGGUCAGCGCCUGCUGAGGCCUCACUGAUGCUGCAGAUAAAAUAGCAUCAAGGAUUGAAUGGAGCGUUUGAAAAACAAACACAGCUCAGGUUCCAUGUUUGAGCAAAAGUCACAAUCCGACUGUAUUGGGAAGGGUUUUUUCCGAUUGCAUCCCGUAGCCAAACCGCGCCUGAGCUGUAAUCCAGUGAGUUGCUUCGAAACUGUCCUUAAGAAGGGCUCUGCCAGCACCGCCAGACCCACUGUGAACAGGGUGUUAGUUACUGCUGGCUCCAGAUGGUGGUUUAGGUCCGCGUGUCACAGCUUUUGGAGACAGAAAAGAUGGAGAACGGGUCGUGUCCUGCUGAGAAGAGUGAGCCAGAUCCACUCCUGGCUUCCCAGGAAACCCAUGUACAACAAAAUGGAAUCACUCCCGUGACCAUCUCUCCAAAGGAUGGAAAAGGCAGAAAAAUUGACCCUACAGGUGGAAACACAGCAGUCUCGCUGCUGAUUGUCCAGAAAAUGGCAGAAGAGAGCGCCGAAGUGACAAGCGAUACCAGUAGAGGGGUGAAUGACUCAAUGCUGCCGGGUCACGGACAAGUGGAAGAAAGGAGAAGAGAUGUGGAUUUCAGCCUAAAAUGCAUUAAAGAUAAACGGAUCCCAAUUACCGUUACUGUCGUCAUCACAGCGUUGAUCAUCACCGUAAUUGCACUGGCAGCCAAGAAGAUGCCCCCCUGCCCACGCUGCCCACCCCAUGUCACUGCUGCGUGCCCGGAUGGCUGGGUGGGAUACCAAGGGAAAUGCUACUACUUCUCAGAGACUGAAGGGAACUGGAACAACAGCCAGAGCCACUGCUCUUCCCUCAACGCCUCCCUGGCUUCCAUUGACUCCCUGCCGGAGCUGAAUUUCAUGCUGCGCUAUAGAGGGAUCCUUUACCACUGGAUUGGCCUCCAUAGGGAACAAGGCGAGGGCCAGCCCUGGAAGUGGACCAACGGUACCAUAUUCAACAACCUGUUUCAGGUCAGAGGGGAAGGGCAGUGCGCUUACUUGGAUGAACAUGGGGUCAGCAGCUCCCGGUGCUACUCAGAGAAACAUUUCAUCUGCAGGCGGCCGGCUGAGUGCUCUAGAAGGAAGCCAAGCGGUGCAGGAGGGGACACAAGGGCUAAAAUCAUGUAAAGGGCCAAUGCAGUCUCUUCAGUGGAUGCAGAACUUACACAUUCAUCAUCUCUUGUGCAGCAUCCUACCUCUCCAACCAUUGCUCCCCCCAGAUCCCUGCUGAAAAACUAUCUUUACAAUGCUCACAACACUAACUCUACUACACAAUAACACCAUUGCCAUGGUACUACUGGACAGGGGUUUUAGAGGUUUAGGUAUUAAGGGGAUAUUAGAUUUAAAGUGAAUAAAUUAUUUAGAUUAUGAAGAAUCCCUGCUUUUAUUUUAAAAAGAGUAUGUUUCUAGCUUGCUUGGUUAUGAAUAUACCCUGGCAAAUCAAAGAGAGCCUGAGUCUGCAGAGAGCUUGAAAAAAUAACUCUGAAAAGUGCCCAUUUAAUUUACUCACAAAUUAACUCUGGAACCUAGUGAUGACACUAACUUCUAUCUUUUUCCUCUAUGCUGGUUUUUCCUGGUGAGGGUCGUGGCAGCAGCAUGGAGAGUAGGGAGGACCAGACCUCCCUUUUCUCCACAACAGAUUCCAGCUCCUCCUGGGGGAUUCCCAAGCAUUCCCAGGCCAGCUAGGAGAUAUAAUCCCUCCAGCGUGUUCUGGGUUGGCCUCCUCCCAGUGGUACGUGUUCAGUAGAGUUCCAAAGGAAGCCUACCAGGGGGUAACCUUACCCUGUCUCAGAGAGUAAGCCCAGCAACCCUGCAGAGAAACCUCAUUUCCACCGCUUGUACCCGUGAUCUCGUCCUUUAAGUCAUUACCCAAAGUUCAUGGCCAUAGGUGAGGAUGGGGACAUAGAUUAAACUGUAAACCGAGAGCUUCGUCUGAGAACCCAGCUCCCGCUUCACCACCACGGAUCUGCACAGCGGCCUCAUCGCUGCUGCUGCCCCACUCCGCCGGUAGAUCUCCCGCUCCCGUUUACCAUCACCAAGCGGUGAUUGGUUGAUAGUUCUGCCCGUCUCUGCACCCGGGUGUCCAGAACACAUAGACUUCCUCCGAGGAUCGUUACCUUGUCGUGGUGGAGGGGUUUGCGUGUUCCGUUGAACCCCAGGGCUAUGUCGUCUGGAGCCCAGUGCUCCUGGGAGGGUGACCCUAGACGAACAGGUCUGGGGGGAGGUUCCAGACUAAAAACGAUCCCGUGCAAGAUGCUCAUGAAAGCCCAACAAAUGAGCACACGAACCUUGCCUGGAUUAGGAAUAUGGGACCCACCCCUGAAGCCAGGCCUGGGGGUGGUGUUAGUGAGUGUCUGAUGGCCAGGCAACCCAUGUAACCCGGCCGGGCCUAGCCCGAAAAGGGGACAGGGGCUCAGCACCCGCGAGGCAAAGAGUGAGGGUUGGGUGCGAUGCCCGAAUGGCAGCAGGAGGGAUGGACCAGGCUGGGCUGGCCUCCGCGAUGGAGACUGGCCUGACACUAAAAUACAGGCAGAGGCAGCUAUUCUUUGAGCUAAAGAACCAGACUUGUGAACAGCAGCUACUGCAGGGGGACAGAGACCCUGAGUGUGGGAUACAGACCCUUACACUUAGCAAAGGCUGUUUCUGUCUCUGGCUGUUUACAGGUAAAUUAAGUGUGGGAUGGUUCACAAUGGGGCUCCUCUCCUGGGUCUGAACCAAACGCCGAGGAAGGAUGAGGGGGAACCACACAGAGAGAAAAGUAACAGGAUGGACAGUGUCAGUUACGCUGCUUCUACCUCCAUUUAUAACUGGAAAUUAAACCCUGUCGCUGUAGCAGGAACGUCAAUGGCCUGUUGCUACUGCAGUCACUGAGUGUGUAGAAAUUGACCCCAGCUUCUGGGCAAAUGCGCUGAGUGAUGCAUUUGGUCUGUAAUAACGUGUAUGUACGUGUGUGUCUCACUUGUGUCUGAAUUCUGUUUAUAUUUAUAUAGAAUAUAUUAACUGACUUUUGUUGUUUUUUAAGUAGCAUGGGGAGGAAAACUCUCUCUCAUGGGAUUUGCAGGAUCUAAGGUUUUCCUUAAUCUUCCUCACACUCACCCAAUAAAGGUGUUGUUUUGUCAGAUGCUA